AUGGGGAAGGAAAUGACGAAAACAAAAGUUCAGAUCCAAGGCCUUUCCAACCGCACCCAUCCCAUUGCAGGGGCAAACGGUGCGAGUACCUCAGAAGAGAGUUGCUGUGAAGCAGCUUCAGCAACCCCACAUAAGAUAACAUCUGAAGAGCCUUACAGUGUUCGGUUUGUGCAACAUGCAGCUGCUGAGCAGGUACUCCCAGUGACUGUGGUACCUGUGGAGGAAGAGGGCAUUGUCACUUAUGCUGUAAACCCUGGUUAUGCCCUGAGAGGUGGUGGAGCAAAGAGAGUGCUGUUUACAUUAGAGCAAAAGGAAGUAAUGAUUGAGUUCUGCAGUCGUCAAGCACAGUAUGGGAUUCGAGCGGAUGCUGAUGACUGUAUUGCAGAGAUGAAAGCAAGAGGGUUAAAUCCCUUACAAAAAACCCAAAUAACAAGCUGGUGGAGCAGUUAUCAUCAGAAGAGAAGGAGAGGAACUGAACGUGUAGCUGCAGACCUUCAACAAACACCUGCAACCACUGCACCCACUACUGGUUCAACUGCUUCCUCAACUAUUACAGCAACUGUCAGUUCAGCUGUUAGCCCAAUGCCAGCUACCACGAGUGUUAUUGCAAGUACAAUACCUUCUGCCACUGUGAUGGUCAGUUCAUCCGCAAGUACUCACCCAGCAGCUACUGAGAGUGUAAGUUCAACUGUGGACAUUUUCCCAGUCUCCACUGCAACUGUCAGUUCAACCGUGAGCACAAGUCUAACUGCUUCCACCAUGAACUCUGUCACAGCUGCCUCUAUAUCAGUGGUCAAUGCAGUGCCACUAGUGGUUCCAGUACCAAAUUGUAUGGUGGGAAAUGAUGUCGUUCCUGGGGUAACUGAGUGGUAUUUUCCCCUCGACAUGGCCCAGUCAACAACUGACAAUCAAAAUGGAAGCAGUGCGUGUGUGUUUAUCGCCAUGAAUUUUGGUUUGCUUUAUAAAAGAUGCGGACUUGAUACUUUUUUGAUGGGACAAUCUAUGAACAUUCAGUGGCAGGCUGUUCUUGAAAAAGCCAUUAGAGAUGGAAAUCAGGUACAUGAUGAGCUCUUUGACCAGGAAGGCGUGAUUGUGACUUUUGAGGAGGGCGUUGAGUUGGCAGGAGACCAGCGCCAAGUUAGGCAGACUUAUCAAGAGUACAACACGGUGGGC